AUGGAGGCAAACGAACGGAAGAAUGUUGCCGUAAUCGGCACGGGGAUGGCUGGGCUAGUUGUUGCAUACAUGCUCAGGAAUGAUCCCCAGGGGAGAUUCAACGUGGAAGUACUUGAAAAACAAGACAAACUUUCCCUAGACUCCGCGUCAUACAAUCUUACAGUCCAGAAUGGGGGAGGCGCAAAACUCGAACGUCUCGAUCUUCCCAUGCGCACAUUUGCCGAAGGAUAUUACGAGAGUCUCAAGCGAAUGUAUGAUUAUUUCGGCAUUUCAUAUGGCUCGCUGCGGUUCAUCUACUCCCUGUCGACGAUAUCAGACAAUGCCUCCGAACAAGCCUCGCCAUACUACAUGCAUUCUUCAAAUAAUCACCAAAUACCCCCCCUGCGUCCGAGAGGUUUAUCGUGGACUGGGUGGCUGAUCGAGGUGUGCUAUCUGGCAAUGUGUUAUUAUUGGUUCAAAGCCUGCUGCUUCUUUGUAGCGCCAAAAACGCUAGAGUCGUCUGGCACGGAAGAAUCUCUACGUCAAUAUGUGGAGAGGAUUAUGUUGCCCAGUUACUACGUGAAGCACUACUUCUUGCCGGUCUUCGCGAGCGUUGCGACGUGCUCACACGAUGCGCUGAUGGAUUCCCCAGCUCUCGAUCUGGUCGGCUAUGGGAGACGAACCUUCCGCAAGAGUCACUACACUGUUCUUGGUGGAGUUCAGCAUGUGGAGCAAAAGCUGUCCGAAGGUUUGACGUAUAAACUUGGCAUGAAGGUCACGGCGGUAGAGAAUGUUGGGACAAAGGUUCAAGUGAGCUGGACAGAUACUCGUGAUGGUCAGAGUAGCUCGCGGCUAUUCGACCAUGUUGUUCUCGCUGUAACACCUGAUGUGGUUGGCGCGAUCUUCCAACCUCUCCGAAGCGCAAUGAAGGCCGUUCCCACUGCAACCGUUAAGUCUGUUGUGCAUCGUGACUUUUCCCGGAUUCAGGAUUCUAGCAAAUCCCUCUGGGCGCAAGUAUCCUUGAAGCCCGGCGAAUCAGCACCUCACCCACUCCAUAUGUGCUCAAAUGAUACAGCGACCGAGACAGUCCAUGAACAUCCAUCAUCUGCUCUUAUUACGACGUCUCCCAUUACUCCGAUUGACUCUGAGAAGGUCUUGCACACUGCCACAUUCACCCGUGUUUUGCGAUCGACCACCAGCAGACAAGUCGUCAAUCAGAUUUUCGGACAGAAUAAUUCUGGUGAUGAGAAGAGCAAACUGUGGCGGAAUGGAGAUGGAAAUGUAUGGCUGGUUGGUGGCUGGUGUUGGGACGGGAUGGUCCUGCUCGAGGGUUGUCUCGCUUCUGCUACGAGAGUGGCAAACGCCCUUGAUGUCGAGGUGCCUUGGAUGAAAGAGCCCUCUCUAUAA